AUGAAGCUUGAGAAUGCAAAGCCAACGGGUUUUGAAUUACCUGUGGGCAGAACUGCCUUGAUCAUGAUUGAUAUGCAACGUGAUUUUGUUGAAAAAGGUGGAUAUGGCUAUUUACAAUGUAAUUCCGAUGAAGUAUUUAGUCAAGUUUCUAAUAUAAUUGAACCUUGUAAGAAGGUUUUAAAAGCUGCUAGAACCUUGGGUAUCACGUUGAUUCAUACUAGAGAAGGUCAUGAACGGGAUUUAAGAGAUUUACCUCCAUCAAAGAAAUUGAGACAAUAUCAUGCCAAUCCUAAAAAUUUCCCUUUGUUAAUUGGUGAUGAUGGACCUAUGGGGAAAUUAUUGGUCAGAGGCGAAUAUGGACACGAUAUAAUAGAUGCUCUCAAACCUUUACCUCAUGAAAUAGUCGUGGACAAACCAGGUAAGGGAACGUUCUUCAAUACUGAUAUCCAUCAAAUUUUAGUCACUAGAGGUUUGACUCAUAUCCUUUUAUGUGGUGUAACUACUGAAUGUUGUGUUGCUACUACUUUCAGAGAGGCCAAUGAUCAUGGGUUUGAAUGCUGUACUUUGGUCGAUUGUACCAAUGGAUUCAAUGAUAAUAUUGUUACUGAAUCAUUGAAUAUGUUUUGUGCUUAUGAUGGGUUGUUAGGGUACAUUGGUAAUGGUAAGGAGUUAGUAGGUUUAGCUGAAGCAGGGAAAAGUUUAUCUGCCGAUGUUGAAGGGUCAGAGAUGUUCAAGAUUUUGAACGAUAAUGAGUAUAAAAACACCUUUUAUGAUGUACCCUUCUCCACUAGAGGUUUCCAAGGAGAUUCCAACUUAGUUAAGAGUAUUUUGGCCAAAGGAGGAAAACUCACUGAAAAUGGAGUAUUCACCUUGGCUGUAGAUAAUGGAGACAUUGAAACCGAUAAGAUAGCCUUCACACCUUCUUCUGGUAUGAUGUCAUUACAUAACUCCGACCAUUCUUUAUACUCAUCAGUAUGUGUUCUCGCCAAUACCAUUGAAGAGGCAAAAUAUGUCUUCGUUAAUGAAAGAUGGUUCGACGAAGACGAUGAAAUUUCCAAACAUCAUUACGAGUACCCUAUCAAACAUAUAGAUUAUAGAGGAGCCCCCGUUCAAUACAGUUCACAAAUUGGUGAUUUCAAAGGUCAAGCUGUGGACUUUGAUUGGUCAUUAUUCGAUAGUGUCUAUGAUCAUAAGAAUUUAAUCAAGUCACAUGACCAAACACGUGAUCUUCUUAUCAAAAGAAGAAAAAUCAUUAAUCAAUUUCAACCAGUCGGAGCUCCUAAGGUGUUGAUAGUUCCAGCAACCAUCAAAUACACCACAAUCUGUAGAUUACUUGGAUUCCCAUCUAUUAUAGUCAAAGAUAAAAUGUUUAUCUCAGAGUUUGGACUCGAUGGAAUGCUUUUAGAUAUCACCAAAAAAUGUAUUUAG